AUGAAAACAGAUAAAUGGGAAGCCCUUGUACUAGAAAAAAGCAACGUUGUGGUGCUCUCUACACUAUGCUUAGGCUUGUACACUUUUGCAGCCCAUACAGCAGACUUCCUUGUGGUUGGUAAAGAAGUUUAUCGGGGGGAUCGAACCAAUAUUAAAGUGUGA